AUGCCUCUCACCUCACCUCAUCUCUACCGGCCGCUAUGCCCGAAGAGCUGGCACACACAAUCAGAUCUCAAUCCUCCUACUUUGGGCGGAUGGUCGUCUGUGACAGCAUACCGGAGGGUUGCUUUCGCCCCUGCGUCCUCAACUCUCGGCCACGAAUGGUUCCCAACCGGACAUCUAUGGCUUCCUCUACGCCUGAGAGAGUUGUCGGCCGACGCCUCGUCCACAAUGAUGAGCCCCGACCUCGAGUCCCCGAUCCACCGUGAGAGUAUCAAGGUCCACGUACCCUCAAACUUAGCGAUGAUAGUCCUAGGCUCGAGCAUCACUGAACCGCCUGAUUGGGGCCAGAGAAGAUAG